AUGGCACCUGCUGGGCAGGGGCUCACUUGGUCAGAUGUCCUAUGCUGUAUUGUAUGUAACCAGCUUUUUGAUCAUCAUCGGGCCCCAGUAAAUCUGACUUGUGGACAUGUCGUGUGUGUGCGCUGCAUAACAAACUUAUAUGGUAACGCAUGCCCCGAAGACCAGUGCGAAGGUAAAUAUCCUGUUACGAGCUAUCCCAUUAAUGCUGCCCUCUUAUCAAUUGUAACAGACGACAUAGAGGAAUAUUUGCCAUCGUGGGAUGUUGAAAAAGUACCCAAGGAAGUUUUGUCGUUAGUUGAGAAUGCCCUGGUAUCCAUGGCACAGUAUCUUCAUCGCGCAGAGUCAGAGAGAGGAGGCACAGUAUUCAGUGAAGUAUUAUCCCGGACCAUGCAACGUAAACUAGUAUCCCUUCUUUGCUACCAGAUUGUGGAAGAAGAAGGUCGUUUGCGAGCACUAAAAACCUCAAGAUUGAUAGCUGAACGAAUAAUGACGGAGCUCCUUCUUAUCCAACAGAACUCUGGCAGUCUUAGUACACAUUUGUGGACUGCUGUUCGUGCACGUGGGUGCCAGUUUCUCGGACCUGCUAUGCAAGAAGAUGUGCUUAAACUAAUUCUGCUUGCUCUUGACAAAGGUGCACUGAUAGCUCGAAAAACAUUGGUCAUGUAUGUAGUACAGAUGCUGUCAGAAGAUUAUCCUCAGGUCUCAAAAACAUGCGUCGGCCAUGUUGUGCAGCUUCUUUAUCGGGCGUCAUGUUUCAAUGUAAUGAAACGUGAUGGUGAAUCUUCUUUGAUGCAACUGAAAGACGAAUUCAGAAACUACGAAGCGCUCCGAAAAGAACAUGAUGCUCAGAUUGUACAGAUGGCUGUCGAGUGUGGCUUACGAAUAAGCCCAGACCAGUGGAGUGCAUUGUUGUACGGUGAUCAAGCGCACAGGUCUCAUAUGCAGUCCAUAAUUGGUUCGUUAUUUCCUACAUAUCACAUUUUCCUGAUUUGA